UUUAGAACGUAGGACACAUAUAUAAUCUCCAAAUUAAAGCAAUACCUCAACUCAACUCAAGGUCCUUAAUUAACAUAUAUGGAAGGGAGCAGGAGCACCACCCCAAUGGAGAGAUCUGUCGUGUCGGAGUUGGAAGGCACGCUUCUUAAAGAUGCUGAUCCCUUCUCCUACUUCAUGUUAGUAGCGUUCGAGGCCUCGGGCUUGAUUCGAUUCACCCUUUUGCUGAUGGUAUGGCCGGCGAUUUUCUUGCUAGACAUGCUUGGGAUGGGAGACGCAGCUCUAAAGCUGACCAUUUUUGUGGCCGUUGCCGGAGUCCCUGCAUCUGAGAUCGAAUCUGUUUCACGUGCGGUGUUACCAAAGUUUUACAUGGAUGAUCUGGAUAUGGAAGCCUGGAAGCUCUUCAGCUCCUACGAAAAUCGGAUUGUGGUGACUAAGGGUCCAAGAGUUAUGGCGGAGAGGUUCGUGAAAGAGCAUCUACGUGGCAAUGAAGUGGUCGGAAGCGAGCUCGAGGUGAACAGGUUUGGCUUUGCCACUGGUUUUGUUAGAAACGACAUUCCUUCAAUCACCAAUCGUGUCAAGGUCUUGUUCAAUGAUGAACAACCCAUAGUUGCUUUAGGUCGAUUCACAUAUGCUCCACCCUUGCUUUCUUUCUGUAAGGAAAAUCACCUCCCACCAUUUGUUGUCACCAACCAAUGCCAGGACGAACGUCCGGUCCCGGUCGUCUUCCACGACGGCCGGCUAAUCAAGCGUCCGACACCGUCGAUGGCCCUUCUCAUCCUCCUGUGGCUACCAUUUGGAAUCGUGCUUGCCUUCAUACGUAUAGCAAUUGGGCUGGUGCUACCCCUGUGGGUCGUUCCUUACAUUGCUCGACCACUUGGAGGGGGCCUCAUCAUAAGAGGCACACCACCUCUUCCGGCUUCAAGGUCCAACGGCGGAGUUCUCUUUGUCUGCACGCAUCGCACCCUGAUGGACCCUGUUGUCCUGUCCACCGCACUUGGACGCAAGGUGACUGCAGUUACAUACUCCCUUUCCCGGUUAUCGGAGAUCCUCUCACCGAUACCAACUGUUCGUUUAACAAGAAUCCGGGAGGUAGACGCCGAGAAGAUUAGACGAGAGCUUGCCAAAGGGGACCUUGUAAUGUGUCCCGAGGGUACAACUUGCCGAGAACCCUUUCUCUUGAGAUUCAGUUCACUCUUUGCUGAGUUGACAGACCAGAUAGUUCCGGUAGCCAUGAACCAUAGGGUUGGGCUCUUUCAUGCAACAACGGCCAGGGGUUGGAAGGGUUUCGACCCCAUCUUCUUUUUCAUGAACCCUCGUCCGAUUUAUGAAGUACAAUUCUUGAACCAGUUACCAGUGGAAUUGACAUGCUCGGCCGGUAGGAGCUCGUAUGACGUGGCAAAUUAUGUACAAAGGAUCUUAGCUAAUAAGCUUGGGUUCGAGUGCACCAACUUGACGAGGAAGGACAAGUACACGCUGUUGGCAGGGAACGAUGGCACGGUAUCUAACACAACCUUGGUAGAGCGUGUGAAGAAGGUGGUGAGCAGGUUUAACCCAUUCUUACACCAUUGAAUUAAUUAAGAUUCUGUUAUUAAUUAAUAAACAACCAAAAUGUUCUUGGGCUUCUGCAUGUUCGUUACUUGAUGAUCUGGGAGACUGGGACUAGUAUUGUAUUCUUUGCUUCUUUUUGAUUUGUAUUUUUUUUUUUUGAACAAUUAAAUAUAUAUCUUGUAGGAGAAUGAUUAGAAUGUUGAAUCGGUAUUAAUUUCGGUUA